ACCCCCUUUUAAAUUCUCUCUCCCCACCCCGCGCCCCAGGACUGGACAUUUUACAUACCCCAAAUUCGAAAUUCCUUUCCCAGCAUCCCAACCUUCGUUAUUCCUCCCCAUCCCCGUUCGGAAGUUUCCACCUUUAGUGUUUCAAUUCCUCCCCUCCGUGGACUGUUUAAAAUGUAACCCCCAAAUCUCUGGACUCCCUCUCUCUGCCCCCCUCUUUGUCUUCGGACUUGCCCUUUUUUCCACCUCCUAGGUAAAGCUGGAUAUAAUCCCUUCCUGCCAGGGUUUGGAGUUUAGACGUUCUCUGAUUCCCGGCGUCCAGGAGACUGUCCCUUCCUGGCUCAGUCCGGGGUAUGCAGUUUGCUCUGAGUCCCCGUAGGACCGCAAAGCUUCGCUGGCACCGCCUUCCCCAUCUCUAUAUGCCCCGAAACUACUCCUUUCCCUGGGAGAGCCCCAAUUGAUCCCCAAGUCGGGCUGGGAGAAAGGAGAAAAAUCUGUGUGUGAGAGAGAGAGGCGUGGUCGGCCUCUGAACACGUAGCUAAAAGGGAAGCCUCCAUAACCCAUCUGGCUGGCCAGCUUCCGCAUCCAGCCUCCACGGGGCAUUCGCUGGUGUGCCAGGCUUUACUUAGCAGGAACGAGACUGGAACCUUCAUGCUGGGGCAGCAGGUGGUCUCUAAGCCCCGGGAAUUCUUCAUCCUUUCCCCUCUAGCUCCUCUUAAUGUUCCAGACUAAGCCGUAUGGUACUCCGCACUUCUAAAGGAAGGUACAGUUGAAGUGUCUGGAGGCAGAAUGGUGAAAACCUGAGAUACCUAGACAGAGCUGGAGCACCCUCCCUCCCCACCUCAGGGAAACAGAGCAGAACAUACCAUGUCUACCCCAUCUCCAGGUGGCCAAAGAUGGCAGAGCUUAUUCCAAGCUUUCGAGGAGUCUUUGACAUUUUAUCCCAAGCUGGGCAGGACAAACUCCUCUACCUCAAGCACAAGUUGAAGACCUCUCGACCAGGCACCAAAGCCAAGGACCUCUUGUAUGCCAUGAUCCUCCUGACCCUGGGACAGGAGACAGAGGCCAGGAUCUGCUUGGAUUCACUCAAAGGAGAUAAGGCAUCACUUUCUGUGGUUAGGACAUGGGAAGGAGGUGAGCCCCUCUUGAACCAGGCAGACCAUUUGGCAUCUGAGGAUCAGGCGGAUAUCCAAUUGACUGUUGCCCGUAUUUACCAGUUGCUCCUGGAAGAGAAUCUGUGUGAGGCUUCCUCCCGAAACAAGGCUUACAAAGCUGCCCUACAGGCGUUCCGCCUGGGUCAGGAUGCACAGUUGGACAUCAUGGCUGAGGCCCAGGACUUAUGUGGUCAUGAUAUACAUGGAGCUGGGAGUUUCCAGACACUCAGGUCAGACAGGAGCUGCUUUCCAGGGUCCUCAGCCUCAGCCUCCAGGGUCAAUAGCCACCCUGUGCCUAUCAGCACCAGGUCAAGUCGGCUGGCAGCUGAGUCAUCUCCCCAAUCCUUACACUCUACUGGUAGUCCUGCCUCUUUUGCUAGUGUCCUGGAGAUCAGUCAAUCCCCUACUUUACCCUUCCUUACCUAUCAGCCCCAGAAAAGGAGCCAUAGAGGGCCUAGUAAACUGUGUGGGGACCCUCACUCUAAUUCUGCACAGGAUCCUGCACCACAGACCAGUCAGGAGCUGGAGGAAAUAAACUUGUCCUCUUCUCAUCCAGUUGCCUCACUCCAUGAGCAGCCAGAUAGCUUGGCCUCAGUGGUUUCUGAUCCUCAACCUCCCAACCCUUCUAUUUCCCCACCCCUUAUAACCCCAGUGGACCCUGAAACCAGUCUACAUUCUUCCACAGAAUGCUCUGAGGCACUUUCUGACACCCAGUCUCUGCAGCCGGCUUCAGGGAAGCCUUCAGAAGCUCUCAUCUCCAAAGAGAGUUCUGGGUUGCUCCCAGGAUUGCCUCCUAUGUCAGUUCCCCCUGUUGGGGAAGGGGAGCCCACUCAGUUCUCUGUGCAAGAGAGUAAUUGUUCAGAGGAGGUUUCAGACCUAAACCCUCCUCUCUCUACCCAGGAUCCUUCUCCAUCUCCUCUGUCUUCUUCACUGAUCUCUGGCCCUGAGCUGGACACAGGCCAGCGCUUCUUCAGCUUUGUGGUCCUCCAUGCUCAGGAGGAUGAAGCCAUUGCCCUUCGAGUCCGAGACACCCUCGAGAGCCUGGGUGUACCAGAUGGUGCCACAUUCUGUGAGGAGUUUCAGGUUCCCGGCCAUUUUGAGUUGCGGUGCCUGCAAGAUGCCAUUGACAAUUCCGCCUUUACAUUGCUACUGCUCACGAGACAUUUCAAUUGCGCUAUGAGUCUUCAUCAGGUGCAUAUGGCAUUGAUGAACUCCAUCACGAGGAAGAACAAGAAGAACUCAGUCAUCCCCUUCCGUCCACGGGAGAGCAAACUGAAAUCCACCGAAGUCUCCCAACUGCUCUCGGGUCUGGUGAUCCUGGAUGAGAGCUCUCCUGUCUUCAGCAGGAAAGUGAAUAACACCUUCAACCCUCGGAUGCUAAAAGCCCAGAGGGAAGCGUGGAAGAAAGAACAGGAAAUCCGGGCAAUCCACAAGCAGACCCAGCAGAUAGUAGAGGACAGAGAGAACAUAUCUAAGAAGCACAGUGCCCUAUUUGACUAUGCAUACAAUUAUAAUCUUCUACACCAACAGUUACAGACUCUCAACUUGGCUUUCCCAAAUCAGGCACCCUUUGUUCAAGGGUACAAUAUGCCAUUGAUGUAUCCUUGGCAACCUGCUUUCUCCCCCCAGGUCCCUACUGCUCCUUCAGCUUUCCACCCCAAUCAGUUUGUCCCACCCAUGCCUUUUCAACAUGGGUCUGGUUCAGCCGCACAGCCAGACCCUCAGGGUGCAGGAGCCCAGCCCCUUAUCAUCCAUAAUGCUCAUAUGGUACAAUUGGGUCUCAAUAACUACAUGUGGGGCCGGAAUGAAGGGCAGGGCCCCCAGGAGGAGGAGAGAACUGAGGAAGAGUGAGAAGAUCUUUUGUGAGUUUGCUGCAUUAUCUAGGUCUCCCUUGCUGCCAUUACUAGUCUGAGGAGCCAGGAGAGCAAACAUGGGUCAGUGCCAAAGAAAUUCCCACAACUAGGAUCACCUGAGAGGUCCUUCAGUCCAAUUCCCUCAUUUUACAGAUUAGGAAAUAGAAGCCCAGAGAAGUUCAGCGAGUAGCCUAAUGUUACCUAGCUAGUGAUGGUUAGACUUGGGAAUUUAAUAUAAAGGAUGGCAUGUGGGACUAAGAAGCAGAAGAAAGCAGAACUAUCAUCCCUGCUGCCUGCUCUCUCUCCAUGUCCCUUGGAUUCAGCAGCAGAAGCAUCGAAGAGAAGGACCAAAGUGCUGUGGGUCUAUAGAUACAACAUUUCCCUUUUCUGGUACUGUUGGCCCAAAUCUUUCCAGAGUGUGAAGCAGAGGAGGCUUAAUUAGAGAGUUUCUAGCUAAAUAUCCCCUGGCUUCUCACUGCAUCAUCAUCAGUGAAUCAAAGUCCAAUCGAAUCUUCUGGCUGGGUUCCCCUUCUCCUUUCCUUGGUUCUCCACAUAGACUUGACCACUUGUGAAAUGGAUGCAAGGCUAAUUAAUCUCCCUCUGGUUAAACCUUCUUGGGAUUUAAUGUAUGGAAUGUCUGGGAGGAGUGGGAAGGGUCCCCAUAGUCAUUAUCUCCAUCAUCAAAAGACACAAAUGAGUACCUAAAACUAGGACAGGAUUUUUCUUUAGUGGGGAGCGGGAAGUCUUUGGAUAGAUUUCAGGAGAUCUAUGAACUUGGGAAAAAAUGACAUCUUUAUUUACCCUACUUUCCAACUUAAACAUGUAGCAUUUUUUUCAGUUAUGAAUUCAGGCAACAAAUAGCAUCCUGGAAAGGGAUCCCUGGGCUUCAUCAGACAGCCAGAGAGGUCUGAGACACAAAAACAGUUAUGGACCCCUGAACUAGUUGGAAGACAGAUAAGGAUAACAGACUAAGCUCUGUACAGUCAGCUGGGAAGAUGAGAUUAAUAUCAGUGAAGAGAUCCUUACUGUGUGGAUCACACAGUAAAGAAUGGGAAUUAGAGGGCUCCUCAAACGAGGAGAAGGAAUCCUUUGCUUCCUAACGCAGCCUUUUCUGUAGGGCCUUUGUUCUUCAUCUGUAACAUGAGUGUUUAAAAGGCCCAGGACAGGCACAGAUCUCUGGGCCAUUCCACUGAGCAUCACUUCUUCUCAGCUGCCCUCAGAUCACUAAUGACUUCUCUUUGGGCCCAACCAUAAAAAAAAAAAACAAAAAACGGAAUCCAUCUAAAUGUGUAAUUGUGGAACCCACGUUGCUCUGUUGGGCAAGGAAAUGGUUCCUGUUUAUGUAUAGACUGGACUUGAAGUGCCUUCUUACAAUUUAAAAAAAAACAACUUGCUUUCUGUCUUAAUAACAACUCUGAAACAGAAGAGCAAAGAUUAGGUAAAUGGAGUUAAGUGACUUGCCUGGGGUCAAAGAGCUAGGAAGUGUCUGAAGCUAGAUUUAAGCCCAGGUCCUACUCUAUCUCACUGUGCCACCUAGCUCUCUCCCUUCUAGCUUUGAGAAUCUAGAAUUCUAUGAAAAGUACUGGGGCAUUUUUUUGCCCUUGCAUUGACAAUAAUCCGUACCUUAUUUUAGCACUGAAAGGUCCAACAAUCUAGUCAGAGUAGGCACUCUCCAUGGUCCAGUACAAAUCCCAACCAUGUUUCACUUGACAUUAGCAAAUAGUUUCAUUAAAUGCUGCAAGCUGAAAAAAAUAAAAAGAGCCCAUUGCCCAACCCUGUAAUGAUGGACUUCUCCAAAGGAGGCCAACCUGGUCUUCUGGUGACAAUCUUAUUAUCCCCCAAUCAAUCCUUUAAGCCCUUGCGGACAGGAAUGGCCAGGAUUGGUAAACACUGGGCAGAGCCUUUGUCCUACUAGGAUACCAUGAUGUCCCUCUGAAGAAAUGGAAGAAGGCUUCCUGGAACUUGACAUAGUGUUGACAAAUGCCAUUUUCUGUUCAUGUCAGUGUUGGGUAGACAAUGGAUGGUUGAAUUGAAGGUUGAUUCAGUUCUUCUAGAAUAAAUAUUUAUUGAACGCC